CGGCCACAGACAAGACAAACAAAAAAUCCCAACACUGAAUUCACUUCAAGUCUGCUACCCAUCAGCUUACUACGCUGUCCUCCUUUCCCUCUGAUUAGUGUUUACUCUCAACUCUCAACAAUUUCUGGCUCUUCCACCGCUCUAAAAACCCCAUCUUUCUGCUAUCAUUUCAUUCAUCCACAAGUUCUCUGCAGUCUCUGAAACACAGAGAAUAUUGGAGAUAUUGAUGGCUCAGGAUAGUGUUUCCAGUCUUGAAUCGCCCAGGAGAAGAUCUGGGUUACUGAGAGAUCAAGUCCAGCUGGUCAAAAGAAGGGACACGGGUCGUUAUGAGAUUGUCCCAAUUCAAGAUACUCUGUCGUUCGAAAAAGGAUUCUUCAUUGUGAUCCGGGCAUGCCAAUUGUUGGCUCAAAAGAACGAGGGAAUCACGCUGGUUGGAGUGGCAGGCCCUUCUGGUGCUGGAAAGACUGUGUUUACCGAAAAGAUUCUCAACUUUAUGCCGAGUAUUGCUGUCAUAAACAUGGACAACUACAACGAUCCAAGUCGGAUUAUUGAUGGAAACUUUGAUGAUCCACGCUUGACGGACUAUGAAACUUUGCUUGACAAUAUCCGAGGCUUAAAAGCUGGAAAGUCUGUUCAAGUUCCUAUAUAUGACUUCAAAUCUAGUUCUCGUAGUGGAUACAGGACAGUUGACGUUCCCAGCUCUCGAGUAGUACUCAUUGAAGGGAUUUACGCCUUGAGUGAAAAGUUGCGGCCCAUGAUAGAUCUUCGUGUCUCAGUCACUGGUGGAGUGCACUUCGACCUAGUAAAACGGGUUCUUAGGGACAUUCAGCGUGUUAACCAAGAUCCAGAAGAAAUAAUACAUCAAAUCUCUGAAACGGUCUACCCAAUGUACAAGGCCUUCAUCGAACCAGAUCUACAGACAGCCCAUAUAAAAAUUACCAACAAGUUUAACCCAUUCUCCGGGUUCCAGAACCCCACUUAUGUUUUAAAGUCUCCGAAGAGGGUCCCACCGGAUCAGAUCAAGGCUGUUCUUUCCGAGGAACACAAAGAAACCAAUGAAGAAACAUAUGAUAUUUUUUUGCUGCCACCGGGUGAAGAUCCCGAAGCUUGCCAAUCGUAUCUGAGGAUGAGGAACCGGGAUGGUAGAUACACUCUCAUGUUUGAGGAAUGGGUGACAGAUCCUCCCUUCAUUAUAUCGCCUCGAAUUACUUUUGAAGUUAGUGUGCGUCUUCUUGGUGGCUUGAUGGCCCUAGGGUACACCAUUGCGUCCAUCUUGAAAAGAAGCAGUCACGUGUUCUCCGAUGACAAGGUUUGUGUCAAAACCGAUUGGUUGGAGCAACUGAAUCGACACUAUAUUCAGGUGCAAGGCCGAGACCGUUUGUAUGUGAAAUGGAUUGGUACGCAGCUAGGGCUGGAAGGUUCUUACGUCCCCCGCACUUACAUCGAACAAAUUCAACUGGAAAAGCUUGUAAAUGAUGUUAUGGCUUUGCCAGCUGAUCUUAAGACAAAGCUAAGCAUUGAUGAUGAUACGGUCUUGAGCCCAAAAGAAGCUUUGUCUCAAGCCUCGGCAGAUAGGAGAAUGAAGUUUCUUAAUCGCGGUAUGUCGCUCUCGUUUUCAACGCAGCGUGAAAAGCAUCUCAGCAAACUGACAAAACUUGCGGUGAAUAAUAGGAGAUACGAUGUAAGAACUCCCGAUUCACCAGCAGUUGCUAACCAGGGUGCCAUCACUCGCCUUUCUGAACAGAUCUCCACACUGAGUGAGCGAAUGGACGAGUUUACGUCUCGGAUAGAAGAGAUUAGCUCGAAAUUGUCCAUGAGGAGAGGCAUUUCUGCUAGUCAGCCAAAUUUGAUGGUGUAUCCAGAAGUGAGCAAUGGAUCAGCGCCUACUACGCUUUUUGUGGCCGGUUUAGGCAAUGGUUCAUUGACUGGCUCUCUGUUACCUCACAAUGGUUCAUUGACUGGCUCUCUGUUACCUCAUUCAUCGUCGUCUUCUCAAUUGGCACGGGAAUCUGUCAUGGACGAGGUUGUUGCAAUUGCGAGGGGACAACGACAGAUCAUGCACCAGAUAGACAUUCUAAGCAAUACCAUACGUGAGACCUAUGGCGAGAGGUCUCACCAAGAAAGAAGAGGAAGGCAAGAAAUUGGAGCGGAAAUUGAAUCAAUCGGCAUUCCUCUGAUCCUCACUUUGGCAAUUGGUGGUAUAGGUCAGCUGCAGUUGUUGGACUUCGUAUUUAAAACAGCAGUCAGCGCUGCAAGAAAGUUUUUAUCCUGAACCGGGAUUUUAUGAUCCCCCGGGAUUUUCAGAGAUCUUGCUGCAACUUCACACCAAAAUUGUUCUUCUCCAUUUUGCGUAAUGAAAACGAGAAGAAAAAGGUAUGGGGAAUGUGGUGUAGUUGUAGUAUCUAAGUUUGAUGUUUUCUUUUGAACACUUUUAUAAAUGCAAAAUCCCUUUAGUCU